UAUUAUUGCAGGCAAACGUUUGUGUAUAAUGAAACUUGCCAGUGCUGUAGAAUUAUUUCUAUCGAUUGCAAGUGUCGUGCUUGAGCGACGGGAAGAUCUUCUCAAAAGCGGUGAAAAUGUAUCCCUGCAAGAAUUGUUUUUGGACGGCACUACUGAAAGAUCUCAUCGUCAAGGAAGAAUCGUCGUGGUGCCUCCGAUGUUCACACAAAAUCUCUGCGUUUUCGGAUUGAUCUUUGGUGUGCCGUUGUCGUUUCUGAUUCCGGUGGUGAGAAUUCAAACUUCUCCAGACGACGAGGAGGACUCGGAAGAGGACGAAGAUUCACGCAGACGACAAGAUGUCGAUGUUGAUGAUGAUGAGAGAGACAUCGUUCCUCCAAUUAAACAACAAAUCUUUCAGGAAGAUGAAUCUAAUGAUCCAGGUGUCGCUCCUUUUGCGUUGGCGAACAUCUCGGCACCCAGGAGUUUCGGUGACUCGUCUGCUGAACUAGUCGAGGAAUACGAUUUGGAUUUAAUGCAUGAGGACAACCUCGUAACUUUAAACAACUACUUUGACUACAUGGAGGUAAAAACAGAGGUCUGUAAACGGCGGAUGAUUUGCGAACUUGCGGCUUCACCUGACUCAUUUUACCCAGUCAGCGAUAUCAUGCUACGAAAAAUUCGCCCGAAAGCAACUUUGGAAACAUCCGAAAAUGCCAGGAAACGCAGCAUAUUCAAUAAGUUUCUCGAAGCUUCGAAAAUUGGGUUCAACGGCGAUUCCAGCCUGUGCCAAAGUCGAUUCAGUAGGUGCAAAAAUGGCUUAGGGGAAAUCAUCGACGCGAAUAUGCUUCGA